AUGGCAGUGCCAAGUGCCUAUACACCGUUACAGAUUAAAACCGGACCGAUUGGCGCACCUCAUGCUACAAAGACCAAAUUAGGUUGGGUCGUGUGGAACCUGAUGAGAGACUGUGUAGGAGGCGUGUAUCCGGUAAAUAAAAUAGAACUACUUAGCAUUGACAAGUCUUUGGAGGAGAGUAGGCUGGAAAAACUAGUGAGGAUUGCAACAGAAAUCGACUUUCCUGAAAGAGGUUUAGAUAGUAAACGCCAAGACUCGUUGGAAGAUAAGUUGUUUAUCAAGAAGGUGGAGCAGACCAUUCAGAAGGGUAAAGAUAAUCACUACACAAUAGGAUUGCCAUUUCGAACAGAUGAUGUAGUUUUGCCUAAUAAUAGGACCAUGGUCGUUAGGCGCCUACAAUCACUUCAGAGACGACUAUUGAAGUAUACCAAGUUGCAUUCUGAUUACACCGAGUUUAUGGAGACACUUGUAAGGAAAGGUUAUGCCGAAAGAGUGAACAAUGACAGCGAGGAUAUCAAGAAUAGAUGGUACAUUCCACACCACGGGGUGUAUCACCCGCAUAAGCCAAAGCUUCGCGUAGUCUUUGACUGCGCCGCUAAAUUUCAAGGGAUUGCACUAAACGAUGUGUUUCUACCAGGUCCCAACCUGACGAAUAACCUCUUAGGAGUGCUGUUGCAUUUUAGAAAAAAUAGAAUUGCUUUAAUGGCGGACUUGGAAGCCAUGUUCUAUCAAGUGUGUGUUCCUGAGAAAGAUAGGGACUUCCUUAGAUAUCUUUGGUUCCCUGGAGAAAAUCUUCAAGCAGAAGCUGAAGAAUAUCGAAUGCGAGUGCAUUUGUUUGGAGCUUCAUCUUUGCCUGCGUGCGCCAACUCAGCCUUAAUGCAGACUGCCGAAGAUGGUAGAAAUGACAAGAAUCAAGAAGCCGUAGAAGCUAUCAAGAAGAAUUUCUACGUUGAUGACCUUUUAAAGAGUGUUAGUAGCCCCAGUGAAGGCAUUCAAUUGAUGGAGAACCUGACAAACCUGUGUGCCGAGGGAGAAUUUAACUUGACAAAAUGGUCAAGCAACGACAAACAAGUUAUCGAAGCAAUUCCCAAAGACCGUAGAUCAAAGGAUCUUCAAAACCUCAAUGUGAAAGAAGAGGGAUUGCCACCAGAGAGGGCCUUGGGCGUUAAUUGGUGCCCUGAAGAUGAUUGUUUUUGUUUUAAGCCACCUACUGGAGAGCAACCCUUAACCAAGAGGGGUUUGCUAGCUACUUUGAGUUCCUUGUAUGAUCCGAUGGGCCUGGUUGCUCCAGUUAUCUUGCCAGCUAGGUUGAUAUUGCAAGAGACCAUUAAAUGUGUCAGUGGAUGGGACGAUUUGGUUCCGGACAACUUGUUGAAAUGGUGGAAACAGUGGUGGAAGAAUUUACAGUUGGUUGAAAAUAUCCAAAUACCAAGAUGGCUCGGCAUCGAUUGUACUGAUAAUCGUCAAUUGCACGUAUUCGCUGACACCAGCGAGAAGGGCUAUGUAGUGGUCAUCUAUGUUAGAACAGAGGCAGACGACGUCCAAUGCAACAUACUGUACAGUAGAUCAAGGGUGACACCUCUGAAACGACAGACUAUUCCUCAGCUGGAGCUAACAGCAGCUACUCUAGCUGUUAAAUGCGUGGACCUGGUAAACUCGGGAAUAGGAUGCUAA